GCUGCCAGCGCCGGGGAGACAGCAAGCGGCUGGCCCCAAAGGAGGCGGUGAACCAGAGGAGAGGCCAGGUCGGCUGCUGCCGGGACCCUCCAGACUCCAUCCCGACCCUCGGGCAGCAGCGGUUUUCCUGGCCUUGGCCUGGUGGAGAGGCGUUGCCGAGCCCCGAGCGCGGUGGGGGGAAAAAAAAGAUGUUCAGUGUGGAGUCGGUGGAGCGGGUGGAGCUGUGUGAGAGCCUCCUGACUUGGAUCCAGACGUUUAAUGUGGAUGCACCAUGCCAGACUGUGGAAGAUUUAACGAGUGGGGUUGUGAUGGCCCAGGUUCUUCAAAAGAUAGAUCCUGCAUAUUUUGAUGAAAACUGGCUAAACAGAAUCAAAACCGAAGUAGGAGAUAAUUGGAGGCUAAAGAUUAGCAAUUUAAAGAAGAUUUUAAAAGGAAUCCUGGAUUACAAUCAUGAGAUCCUAGGACAGCAGAUUAACGAUUUCACCCUUCCUGAUGUGAGCCUUGUUGGGGAGCAUUCCGACGCAGCUGAGCUCGGGAGAAUGCUACAGCUCAUUUUAGGCUGCGCUGUGAACUGUGAACAGAAGCAAGAGUACAUCCAAGCUAUUAUGAUGAUGGAGGAAUCUGUGCAACACGUUGUCAUGACAGCCAUCCAGGAGCUGAUGAGUAAAGAAUCCCCCGUCUCUGCUGGGAAUGAUGCCUACGUUGACCUCGAUCGUCAGUUGAAGAAAACUACAGAGGAACUUAAUGAAGCUUUGUCAGCCAAGGAAGAAAUUGCUCAGAGAUGCCAUGAACUGGAUAUGCAGGUUGCAGCCCUGCAAGAAGAAAAGAGUAGUUUGUUGGCAGAAAAUCAGAUACUGAUGGAAAGACUCAAUCAGUCUGACUCUAUAGAAGACCCUAAUAGUCCAGCAGGAAGAAGGCAUCUGCAGCUCCAAACACAGUUAGAACAGCUACAGGAAGAAACAUUCAGACUAGAAGCAGCUAAAGAUGAUUAUCGAAUACGCUGUGAAGAAUUGGAGAAGGAAAUCUCUGAACUGCGACAGCAGAAUGAGGAGCUCACCACGCUGGCAGAUGAAGCCCAGUCUCUGAAAGAUGAGAUCGAUGUUCUUAGGCAUUCAUCUGAUAAAGUUUCUAAACUCGAAGGUCAAGUGGAAUCAUACAAAAAGAAGUUAGAAGACCUCGGUGAUUUGAGGCGGCAGGUUAAACUCUUAGAAGAGAAGAACACUAUGUAUAUGCAGAACACUGUCAGUCUAGAAGAAGAGUUAAGAAAGGCCAAUGCAGCAAGAAGCCAACUUGAGACAUACAAGAGACAGGUAGUAGAACUGCAAAAUAGAUUAUCUGAAGAAUCAAAGAAAGCAGAUAAAUUAGAUUUUGAAUAUAAGCGGCUAAAAGAAAAAGUUGACAGUCUUCAAAAAGAAAAAGAUAGACUACGAACAGAAAGGGAUUCUUUAAAGGAAACCAUUGAAGAGCUUCGGUGUGUCCAGGCUCAAGAAGGGCAGCUCACAACUCAAGGGCUGGUGCCCCUGGGGAGUCAGGAGCCUUCUGACAGUCUGGCGGUGGAGAUUGUGACGCCUGAGAUCAGGGAGAAACUUAUUCGUCUUCAGCACGAGAAUAAGAUGUUAAAAAUUAACCAAGAGGGUUCAGAUAAUGAAAGAAUUGCCUUAUUGCAAAGCCUUCUGGAUGAUGCGAAUCUACGCAAGAAUGAGCUGGAAACAGAGAAUAGGCUGGUGAAUCAGAGACUUCUGGAAGUACAGUCACAAGUCGAAGAAUUGCAAAAAUCUUUACAGGACCAAGGCUCAAAAGCAGAAGAUGCUAUUUCAGUUCUUCUAAAAAAGAAGCUUGAGGAACAUCUAGAGAAGCUGCAUGAAGCCAAUAAUGAACUGCAGAAGAAGCGAGCCAUUAUUGAAGAUCUUGAACCAAGAUUUAACAAUAGCUCUUUAAAAAUUGAAGAAUUACAAGAAGCUUUACGGAAGAAAGAAGAAGAAAUGAAGCAAAUGGAAGAACGAUAUAAAAAGUACUUAGAGAAAGCCAAAAGUGUUAUCCGCACUUUAGAUCCUAAACAGAAUCAAGGAGCAGCACCAGAAAUACAAGCUCUUAAAAACCAGCUCCAGGAACGGGACCGGCUUUUCUACUCCUUAGAGAAAGAAUAUGAGAAAACGAAGAGCCAAAGAGAGAUGGAGGAGAAGUAUAUUGUUAGUGCCUGGUACAACAUGGGAAUGGCUCUGCAUAAAAAGGCGGCUGAAGAUAGACUGGCUAGCACAAGUUCCGGGCAGUCAUUUCUGGCUAGGCAAAGGCAGGCAACCAGCACAAGAAGAUCUUACCCAGGCCAUGUUCAACCAGCCACAGCAAGGUAGAGCAGUCUGCUGUGAGAAACAAAAAAACAACCUGCAUUCAAAGCAUCCUUCUGUUACAUGUAACAACAUUUCAGGAAAUUCAGCCAGCUUAUUUUUUCUUUCUCUUAGAUGUUAUUAUUUAGUGCUUCUUAUCUGAGGACUUUUCUCUCUCCUGUAUCUCUUUUCCUUUCCCUUGUCCUUUAUUUUAUAAUCCUUUCAGUUCCUUUUAAUGUGCCAAAAAUUUGUAAGUGUCCAAUUAAAAGUGUUGUAUAAUAGUGUAAUACUUUCCUUUGUAUGAAAAUGUCUUCUUCCCCAAUGCUUUGUAAUGAAUUAGAUUUUCUGCCAAUGAUUGAUAUAAAUUUAUAUUCUUUAUUGUGCCUAUGUGUUACCAUGCUUUAUAAGAAUGUCUUUGUUUAAAGGGAAUUAAUCUUUUUAUGAUGUAUUGAUCUGUAUUUUUGAUUGUUUUCCAAUUGCACUUCAAAUAAUUCGCAUAUUUACUAUAUAACUGGUUGGCAAGUGCACUUUUUGCAAAGAUGAAAAUACACUGGCAGAGGUGCUAAUCAUGUCACCUAAGGCACCUGGUUAUUAUUUAGAGAAAAAAAAUCAGUUUUCAUGUGGUUUUAUAGGAAAUUAAAUCUGUCCUAAGAUUUGGGGACUGUUUUUAAAACAUAACUAUGUAAUAUUUCGUUAUUUCCUGCAAUUUUGUUAGCUGGCAGAAGUAAAUGCAUUGGUGAGAUUAUUUGUGGGAAAACUAUAGAAGAAAAAAAUCAGGCAGUGCAUUUUUUUUCCUUAUUUUGGAAUAUCUUCUAGCCAAGGAUUAAGUCUAUCAGCGUAUUUACCAGUUACUCUGUUACACUGCACAUCCAUGUGAUCUAUUUCUCAUACACUUACAAUUAAGGUAUUCCUUUUGGGUAGUUUGUUAACUUGUCCAUCAUUUGUUUCAUGUAUUCCUUCAUUUAUAAACCCAUUCAUUUAUUAUAAUUCUCUAUCUUUAAUACCAUUCAGAUCAUUAAAUGACUUCUUAUAUGUAGUAUUAUUAUGAGAGCUCUCUUCAUAAUUUUUUCUUAAAUCUGGUAGUCCUAGAUUUUGUUGCUGAGUGGCUUUUCUGGGUUUCAGAAUGUUUCAGUUGUAAGUUGUGUUUAUUCACAUGGAUGAAUGCCUGUGGAGUCAUCGCUGGAAGGCCCCUUGUUGUCUAAGGUGCUAUAGGUGUAAAAGCAAACAUUCAUGUGACAGUGAAAUACCUUCUGUCCUGUCCAGCUUCCCAUUUUGACUCAUGUACAUGUUUGUCCCAAUAUAUUGAGUUCCUCUGCAGCACAGCAAAUAUUUUUUUAAAAGUAAAAAUUUUCUGAAAUUAGGUCAGAAAUAUUUCUUGUACUUGAUGCGUGAAAGAUCGGUUUUCAUUUAGGUCUGAUUGUCAAAUACAAAUAUAUCACUUCAAAUUCAGGAAAAUGUAAUUUAAGUGUUAGAAAUUCUUAUGCUUGAUUUUUAAUUGUUUAUGAAUUAGUUGACAAGAAUUAGAAGCAUUUUUGUCAUUAGAAAAUCUACUUGAGGAAAGGCAUUAACAUAAACACAGAAGUGACUCCAGGCAUUGUGCUAACUUUACAUUAAAUGCGGAAGUUGAGCACACCAUGAACACUUUUGCCUGAUGCUACUACAGAGCAGCAAGAACUAGCAAGCACGGAGAACUCUACAUGAGCAGAGUGCAGUAUGGGGGCUUCUUAAGAAACUGAGAUGAGAGCGUAAAGCUCUUGUAGGAUGCUUCUUCCCCUUACCCUGUUUCACAGAUAGCACGAAGAUUCACAUGAUUAUGAAACAUAUUAGGAUGUGAACACUGCUGGCCUUGGUGAAAUAAAAACGAGAGCAUGAUACUUGCAGAGUAAGGCAGGUGGAAACAACAGAAUGUAUAAUAAUAAAUGAGAGUAUUCUGUGAGAUGAGACAUUUUAAUUUUCAUUCUCUAGUUAUUCUCAGUCCUGGUCUCCUAGCCAAAUAUUUUUCUCUAAAUGGAUUGGAAAGGUGCCAAUCUCUUAGAAGUUUUAUUUCGGAUUCUUAUUUAGCAUCUGUUGUAUGCUUUGAUUUGGAUGUUUACAUUUGUAACUUUCAUUACAUAAAGAGAUGAUAUUUCUAAACAUUUGAUGAUGUUUGAAAACAAAACAGGUAUUUUUAAUAGCAAACAACAUCUGAGUGUGCUUUGGGUAUUGGAAAUCCUAGAAUAAAACUGCACUAAGGCCGUGGCCACGGUCUCUUCCCUUGUCUGGCUUUUGGGCAGGGUUUAAGAUCUCUUUUCUCCACUAAAGGUUAAUAAUUCUCAGGAGAGAUGGGUGGUGAUCUGUGGUGUUUCCAGAACGUGAAAGAUAUUAGGAACUGAAUGUAGAUGUACUAAGCUCCAACUCCUGUACACAGUAAUUUCAUGAAGCCACUGUGUAUGUGUGUGUGUGUGAGCGUGCACAUGAGGGACUGAGCUUGGCAUUGGCAAGUGGUGUGUGCAAUGUUCAUGUGCCUGGUUGAGUGAGCCACAGCUGUAGCAUUUGAAUUCUUGUAAACGGAAAGCUAUUUUCCUGAUAACAAGCGCAAGAAAUUCAAUGUAAACACUUAAUGAACGUUGAAAGAAUGUUUAUAUUUUUAAAUUAGUAGUACAAUUUAAAAAUCAUAUGUAUUAAUUUUUUAAUCCAGCAAAUAUUGUAGUUCAUCAUAUCUGAAAAGAGAAUAAGUUAUACAAUAUUUUUAAAUGAGUCUUCAAAGACGUGACUUGAUCUUUUUACCAUUUCUCUAAAUUACUCAAUAAUGACAACAAAAGGAGUGAGCCCUAAAUAAAAGGCCCAUACUCCAAAAUUUAGCAGCAUUUAAUUAUUUCUGUUGGAUCUCGUUAGCCAGGUGAGAUGGGCUGCCUGAGGUAGAGUGUGAGGGUGAUGUUGUGGGCCAUGUUUUCAUUGUACCAAAGUAAGCUAGCACCCAGUCAGAAACUUCACUCUGUGUAUUUCAUUAGCUCUCUCAAGGAAAUAUCCAAGCAGCGAAAAUAGAUGAACAGUGACAGAUGUUGAAGAACACAUGCAUUUUAUAUUUGAGCUCCUCUUCUCAGGUUCCCUCUGCGGUCAGUUCUUGAUAUCUGAGGAAUGAGAGCAAAUGCUUCUGAUUGUAUCUCACUCCCACAUGAGCAUUCAUCUUGUGUUGUAAUGAUCACACCAUGUUAAAAUCUUCUUGAAACAUAAACUUAAGUUCUUGAAGAUUCAUUUCACUCUUUUCCUUUUUUCUUCAGUUAUGCAGAUCUCUGACACCAAGAUAUUGCAGUUAUCCCAGGUUGGGAAGAGGGAGCUCAACUAGUUGAUAGCCAGGUGGAUAAGGACAUCUUUGGUUCAAGAGUGAGAGAAAGAUGCUUCCACUUUGUGUUGUCUAUUCACUAUAUACAGAAGAAUAGCUUUACUUGUUACCCUUCUGUGAAGAUGGAAUUCUUUGCCUGGUAUAGUACUGUGCGAGGCUGUGACCCCACUCUGACGCUCCAGGAGGGCAAAGGGUGGCUGAGCAGAGUGCAUGGGCAUUGGAUGCUGGGGAUCUUUUCAUCAUGUUGGGUUUUUGUUUGUUUUUAAUAUGUAAGUUAGAUGGGUUUCCUAAUCAGUUUUUUAAAAAGUCAGCUCUGUUGGCUUUAGUUCCUAUGUUUCUACCUGAGGAAGAAUAUUGUCAGUGUGUUUGUCAUUUAAAGUUUUACAUCCUAUGAAAAUACCUAGUGUUGCUUUUAUUGAAAAAUUUCAAAAUGUUUUUAUUUUGUGAUUUUAGCACAAUAUUUUUACAAUUUUUAUGGUAAAAGCUACUUAGAAGCUUAAAUAAGUGUAAGUACAGUUUGGUACUGCUGUUUCACUCUGCUAUUUCUUGUCCCCCACAAAUCACACAAUUAUUCAGAUGUAACUUUCAUCUUUAUAAAAUGAACAACACAAACAUGACAUCACAAUCUCUUAAAUCAAGGGUUAUACUGUUGGGAAGUCCAUGCUAAUUAUAAACAGCCUUAGCAAGCCAGGUCACAUGUAUUUAUGAAUAUAGAAACUUUGAAAGUUAAGACAACACAUGAAGAUGUUCACAUUACAUUGAAAUGGUAAGAAGGGACAUUAGUUUGUUUGCAUAACAAAAGGCAUAAACUUGAUUAUGGCAAGUAUGUGAUUUUAGCAUUUGUGGCAAGGUCUAUGGAUGCUUCCUAAGACAUGCAUAUAUAAGUAUGUAGCAAGAUUGCUUGAUGUCUCUUUUUCUUAUAUUUGCUGGUAGCAGUCUGUAAGACUAGAUUUGCAUGCUGUGUAUGAAGUCAGAAUAGAAAAUUAAGAAAGUAGCAGAAGACUAUUCAGGCCAAUCCCUCCUAGUGAGUUCAGAGGAUGACUACAUUAAGAAUGGCCUGAUUGUGAGUGAGUAUCCAGGCAGAUGGUAGUACUAAGACACUCAAAACUUUUGCUUAAAGUAAUGCUUAACAUCUAUUAAUGUGAUCAUUCAAUAACAGAGUAGAAAAAUAUAGCUUAUUUUCUUAGUGUCUCUCAGUAGCUGUUAAGUAGGCACAUAAUGAAACUGUAUAUCAAUUAGUUGAGGGGGGGGAAACAAUUAUUUUCAUUUUGGCAUUGUUAAGCCGUGGCUAAACCUGAGAUAGUGAUGUUUGAUCAUCAUAAGGAUUCUGUGAUUUGAUGAGUUGACAAGAAACUGGUAGUGAAUCACGCUUGUAAACAACUUCCUAACAGUUGUCUAGAGCUGCUGUCUUAUCUUGUUUGCAAAACCACAGGCUCCAUUUUACAACUAAGAAGAGCAGCCCCUCACAAAAGUCUGUGGAAGAUGAAAGCAAAGUAGACAUUUUAAAAUAUUUUGAAAAUGAGCCAUUAUGCCCUGGCUCAGAAUUAGAAGCUUAGGGUCUGACAAUGUAAUCAGAGAUGUGUAUAGAUCCCUGGAACUCCCAGAUCCGGUAUUAAAGCAACUUCCAAGUGAGAAAAAAGAAAACUACCAAAGCAUAAGAGGUUUUAACAUGUCUAGGAGAUUUCUGAGCAGUCUUAUCACCCGAGAGGUCUCUAAACUGAAGGAGAAUACUUAGUGGUUGUGUUGUAAAGCUGCCUGUGAGGAGCUGUGUGUUCGUGUUGUGUGUGUCAACACUGUUAGAUGUGAGUGUGGUGUUGUGUACUAUCCUGAUCAUUGCAUGCUGUUUAUACCUCACAACUCUUGACUCCCUCUACACCCCGGUUCCUGUCUCAAAGUCAGGACUCUGAAGGUCUAAGUCUGGAAACCUGAAGUUGGAUGAGGGCUCCUAACAAGACCUACAGAACCCCCUCAAAUGCAGACACACUCAAAACUUCUCAUUUGCUAGAGUUGCAUCAAUGAAAACUAAGCUGUCUUCUGGUUAAUGUGAAGAUUUGCCUACCUUUGACUCUCUCCUGCAAAAUUGUCUCUUAAAUUCACCAUCCAUGCCCAAGGAUAAGAGAAUAAAAGCUGGUUCUAAAAGCUGACAAGUCAGGUUAUUUGACAAAUGGUGGGGGUUGAGGGAAGGCAGGCCCUCCUAAACAUGUCAAGAUGAUACAGGAGGACUCUUAGUUCUGUAACAGAUAUGCUUUAUAAACUGGGCUCUUUUUUUUCUUUUUCCUUUUCUUUUAGUUAGAGAUACAGGCUGAUGGACAGACACAUCCCAUCUCUGGUUCACUCCCCUAAUGCCUACAAUGGCCAGGCAGAAGCUGGGAGCUAGGUAGGAACUUACCCAGGUCUAUCAGGGACCCCGUUAGUUGCACCAUCACCACUGCCCUCUAGAGGCCGCUCUAACAGGAAGCUUGAGUCCAGAGCUGGGAAUCAAGCCCCAGGUACCCAACCUUGUUACAUAGGCAUCUUCACUGCUACAGCAAAUGUCCACCCUUGGCCAUUUUUUCAAUGCAUAUUUAGCAAAGUUUUCAGCUUGUUCUAUUGAGAGGUUUUGGCGGGGGAGAGGAUUGUUUGUGUUUUAGGAACUGGGAUUCCUCGAUUUGUAACUUGGAUAUAUUAGUAUUCCAAUUAUAGUCCAAAAGUUUGGAGAUGCUUGUUGUGACAUGAACUGACACUGAGUGAUUACUGCCAAAGAAUGGGGAAAUCAGCUCGUGAGAGCAUGAAGGUGCUUUACGCUUUUUAGCAUCUGUGGUGUGAACAGUCUGUGUGCUGCUGUCCUCCGCGUCACCCUGUCCUGGGGUGCACUGGUUUGGCAGGACACCUGCCAGGGCCACAGCCCAGCAACAGAAAAGUACACCUCACCUUCCCAAAGCAAAAGCUCUACAUUUACACAUGAGGACAAAACACAGAGGUUCAGUUAGUAGAAGUACUGAUUCAUUGCUAAAACAGAUAAAACUCUUCCUGUCUUAUUCCUCCUGGCUGCUUUUGUUGGUCUAAAGGAGAACAUCAGUGGUCCCAUGUGAUGAUUUCGGUGGAUUUUGUGUGCGUCAGUUAGCUCGCCACAGCUCAGAUGCUCUGCAGCCACCUGUUCUGGGAACCCGGGGCACCCAAACAAAAAUAGGGACAGAGUGAAGGCUGUCGUUAACCUGUGGCAGCUCUUGUGUUCUACCACUGCAAAACUUUCUUCUUAGAAAAGAAAAUAAAUAGUAGCCAUUUAUUAUGACCAUGAAAAAAAAAUCUAGACCCCAUUGAGUUAAGGUAAUUAUUAGUAUAUUCAUUUUUUUAAAUAGAUUCUCAGUGCUUUAUUUCAGGUGAUUAAAUCAUUUGGUGAGCAAUUUCUUAGGAUCUUUUCAGUGAUAAUAUUGUUAUCUAAUAUUUACCCAACAAAAACUGAUAUGGAUACCAAUUUUCAAGUAAAAGUGAAUAAACUUCAUUAUAUGUUAUUACUUUUAAGCCUAUAUGGGCCUAAUGAGAGUUCCCAACACUUUCUUCUGUUCCUUUAAGCAUUUUUCCCCAAAGUCACAUUUAACUAUCUUCCACCUCCAAGAUACGUACAUCAAGAUCCAAAUAAUUUGACUUUCCUCAUAGCUUGUGGCUGUUAUUAACUUGAGUUAUAAUCAAGUUUUAUGUGUAAAGCAGACAUUGACUAUUCCAAUGACUUAGCUAACGAAAACAUUAAGAUAAUGUCCUUGAGCUGGUACUAAACUACUUCACUAAAAGACUGUAUGGUUAUAUCUGUGAAUUUUUAAAUGAAAAUCGUGUUCCUCUUGAAUGAGUGCAGCACUUCAGUAAAGCUGCACUAUUAGGAAGUCUUGAUGCGCCUCUCUUCUUUAGUUUUUGUAAUGAGGAAACAAGCUUGAUCAGAUGGUGUCAACUUCCACACAAGGUGUGAUGGAAUUCUUAGGGCAGUCCAAGGACAGAUGAGCAAUAGUGUGACUUAAGCUAAUUUUAUCACUUUCUUGGUGACCUGGUUUACAUAAUGUUCUACAGAGACUCACACUAGUUAAGGGAAAUUUUCAGUAUGCUUAAAAUAAGAAAUAGUAUUUUAGUAAAAAUGCAGGAAGUGACUGUCUACAAAGAUAGCAGUGGAUGAUUUGGGGGCCUUUUCAGUUUUUUUUAACAAUAGUCUUGUUAUUAAGAGUCUUAGUUAUUUAUAAUUCAUAUGCACUAAAAUGUCAUCACUUUCACUAACUGCUGUUUACACUUUCUGUAUGUUUGGGGAUGCUUUGUACUCAGAAGGAAAUUUCCAGGUUUGUCUUAUUUUGCAGUUUUCAUGUUUUGACAAUAGCCUAUUAUUUAUAACACUUAUUUUUUGACUGUGUUAUGACUGGUAAAAUUCAAACAUAUCCGAUUGUUUAAUAAGUUGCCUUAUUUUGAUUAGCAAAAUCAGAGUGUCAGAAAUUUGGGGAUUU